CGAGACUAAAUUUAUAACAACGACAGCAACAACAAACAAAAAAAAAAAAAACACCAACGCCUGUCCACCACGUUGCUCAAGUGACAAAGUCUUGCACUCCCGGCAAACUCGAGAUUCUGUUUGGUUGCUGAGAAAAUCUAGGAAAAAUCAGAUACUUUAAAGGAAUAAUUUUGAGAGAUGAGUAGUCAGAAAGGCUUGAUAUAUAGUUUUGUGGCAAAGGGAAAUGUGGUGCUAGCAGAGCACACAUUGUAUUCGGGGAACUUUAGUACCAUUGCUGUUCAGUGUUUGCAGAAGCUUCCUUCAAAUAGCAGCAAGUACAUGUACUCUAGUGACGGGCACACAUUUAACUUCCUCAUUGAUAAUGGAUUUGUUUUUCUCAUUGUUGCUGAUGAAUCAGUUGGGAGGGGUGUGUCUUUUGUGUUUCUUGAGCGAGUGAAGGAUGAUUUUAAUCAGCGGUAUGGUGCCAGUAUUAAAAAUGAGGCGCACCCACUAGCUGAUGACGACGACGACGAUGACUUGUUUGAAGACCGAUUUAGCAUUGCCUACAAUCUUGACAGAGAAUUUGGGCCAAGACUCAAGGAGCAUAUGCAGUACUGCAUGAACCACCCAGAAGAGAUCAGUAAGCUCUCCAAGUUAAAGGCUCAGAUAAUGGAGGUCAAGGGGAUUAUGAUGGACAACAUUGAUAAGGUUUUGGACCGUGGAGAGAGGAUUGAACUUUUGGUAGAUAAAACAGAGAACCUCUCGUUCCAGGCUGACAGCUUCCAGAGGCAAGGAAGGGAAUUGCGACGGAAGAUGUGGCUUCAGAAUCUGAAAGUGAAGUUACUCAUGGGAGGAACAGUCCUUAUCGUGAUUGUGAUAGUGUGGAUGACCAUUUGUGGAGGUUUCAAAUGUUAGACUGCUGGUGUAGCAAGAUGGCUAAUGAAGUAGCAUUUGCAGUUGCUUUUAUAAUUUGUUGUACAAAGAAAUAUUGAGGAGCUCUUCUUAUUACCCAUACUCAAUUCUAAAUCUUCUAUUCCCUCAUCCCCCGCUACUUCUGAAGGCCGAGCAGGGUUUUGGUUUCUCGUCAGCCCACUGCAUCUGCUUGACUUGUUCUAGUGGUUCUUGCUUUGGCUUUUCCUCAGAAUCCCCACACCGAACGCUAGAUGUUGAUGAGCAUAAGUAGGCGUGAACCCUCUGGUAACCUGCAACCAAGUGCAAGGCCUGAUUGAUGGUUAGGAUCCGAUCAGCUAUCAGCUCCUCCGAUGAGCAAGUCAGCCUUUGGUGAUAUAAUAAUAUGUAUGGGGAAUUGCAUCGUACGGGUCUUUUAUCUUACAUUAAAUUUUACUGCAUGUGUAUAUGUAUACAGGUGAAAUAAAUCUCCGAAUUCCCUUUCAUACAA